AUGUCACCAGCCAGAUGUCAGGCUCUGCGACAUACGCUUAGGAGAUUGCCUCAACAUGUCGCUUCUCACCCCUCUCCGCAAUUGCAUCCUCCCCGCUCUCUCGGCGAGUCCUCCAAUACACACAAGCGCGCUCUUUCUACAGCUUCCCAUCACUCCUCCGUGGCCACGUCUCUGCACGAGCUCGAAAAGCGCAGUGUCGCAUCGCGACGGAGCUACUCGCGUUUGCCUAACAGCAGUAGGGGCUCACGAGUCGGGCGUCGCGCAGCACAGCAAGCCACAGCGACACAGCGCAGUUUCGAGAAUGCCAAGAUUCCUCCCCGCGACGAUGCUCAUGAGACAUCUCGUAGUGAUCCGCAAGGCGCCUCAGCACUACAGGAUCUAGGUCAGAGGCAGCGCCCAACCGAGCCUGCUGUACCUUUGCCAUCUGAUCCCGGUGGCGUGCUAUCUCCACAGACGCAUCCCGCUGUGGCCACCAUGCUGGGUCAAGAAGCGGUGAUCUGCACGCGAGAAGUGGAGUGGAUGAAGUGAGCGCCGACUCUGAUGGUGUGUUUCAAUGUCAACAUGGGCGCGCGAGAUACUAACGCCGUGCAUGCCCCAUCCUGAUGCUUUGCCACACGUUCUCCAGCAUCAUGGUCGGUUUCGAACAAGCGAACCGAUAUGCGCUUCUCAACCCUUCUGGCCAGCCACUAGGAUACCUUGUGGAACAAGAGGGCUCCCUUGGCAAGACUCUUACACGCCAAUUAUUGCGGACGCAUCGGCCUUUCAAAGCUCUCGUACUAGCCCCAAACGGAACACCGAUUCUUCGUGUCGAGAGAUCAUUCACCUUCAUCAACAGUCGAACGCGCGUCUAUUCCAUCGAUCCUGGCACAUAUGACAGCGCUGCAGAUGUGGACCUGGAGCGGGCACCGGACGAGUCAGAUGAGCAGCUGAUCGGAGAAGUCAGACAGGUCUGGCAUCCUUUCAAGAGGCGCUACGAAAUCUUCAGAGCGCGCGAGGGUGGUCAAGAGAUGCAACAAGUUGCAAAGGUCGACGGAGCCUUUCUGACUUGGGUAAGUAGGUCAAUGCGCUUUGUGUGGGUGUGCACAACAGGAGUGCGGCAGCGCAUACAUGCUCGCUGACACGUGCCUGUAUACCAAUGCAGGACUUCUUUUUGGAGGACGAGAGUGGGAAAGUAGUCGGGAGCGUGAAUCGCAACUUUCGAGGCUUUGCGAGGGAGCUCUUUGCCGAUGUCGGUAAGUGCAGCUUGUGGUCGCAGCACGACAUGUAUCGAGCAUAUGCGUAGGACUGAUGACGACUUUCUGUGCUACCGCUCUACAGGCCAAUACGUCGUGCGAUUUGAGGGCGACACGCCGGCCUCAGGCACCUCCACAAACAAUCAGAGCCCCGUGAAAGCUGAGAACGAGUCGCGCGAGCUGGUGCCCAUCACGCCUAGCUUGACGCUGGACGAGAGAGCGCUGGCUCUUUGCGGGCUUGCUUUCGGUCUUGAUGUGGACUACUUCUCCAGGCAUUCCUCCAGCGGCUACGGUGGCUUUUUUCCCGGGUUCAUGCCAAUACCAAUGGGGGGAGGCGGCUCGCAACCUCCUACAGAAACGCCAGGUCAAACUUCUGGAUCUGGAACAGGAGGCGAGCCGACGCCUUCAGGCGGUGCUGGUACGGAUGUGUGGCAAGAUACUCGAGGCUUGCAGUCCCCACAGCUACCGCCUGGUGCCGUCAGUGGAGAGUCCGCUGUCGGGACUGCAGGCACCGUGGCAGGUUACGAAGCUUGGAGCGGAUGGAUGACUCCAAGCUCUACGAGCGACUCGCCAGCCCCUGCCCAGCCUGUUCAAGGAGCUUCUCCUCCACCUCCACAAGACUAUACGGGGUCAGGUCAGGGCUACUCUGGGCGAGACGAGAAUGUUUGGGGCGACCAGGACCCAUGGAAGGGUGGCGAUGAGAACUCUGGAGGCGGCCUUUUUGGUGACAUUUUUAGUGAUCUGGGUGACGGGGGUGACUUUUUCGACGGCUGA